AUUCACGGAAUCUUCAGAAGAGGACAUCUGGCGAAACUGCGACUGCGUCCCUGUAGGCAACGAUGGUUCAGUCCAUAUUAUGUGCCGCCAACUAUUGGCUUCCACAGUACCAUCUCUACCUGAUGGACACAACCAAAGAGAAAGUAUUGUCGCGCUAUCUAUGGUGGAAGGCAGCCUGGCCUUUGUUCAGCAGGAUGCCUUCCGAAUGCACGACAUACAGGCACUAGAUUUUUCUAACAAUCAGAUUCAAACAGUAAACGUGAACGCUUUUCGAGGUUUAGAGAUGAAGCUGACCCACCUUAGCCUCAAGCACAACAAUCUGUCCGUUAUUCCUGCCUGGGCACUUACAUAUUUACAUCAUUUGCAAGUGCUGCACUUAGACGGCAAUCGUAUAAGCUAUGUUCGAGCUAAUACGUUUGACGAGACUCAACUCAAUAAUCUCCAUUUUCUUCACCUCGACAACAAUCAAAUUACCUUCAUUCCAAAUAUGGCGUUUGCAAGACUUCGAUUGAUCGUGCUCACAUUAUCGAACAAUAGGAUAACCCAUCUGGAAAAAAUGUCGCUUCCUCCCUCGCUGAGUAUUCUCGAGCUCAAAAACAAUCUUCUAACUCAGAUUCCCUACCUCGCAUUGAAAGAAGAAACUGCUUUGCAAGUACUGGACCUCGACGGAAACAAUAUAACUUCCUUGCAUUCACACUCGGAAGUACAUUUCAAAAACGAGUUGAGGCUCGUGUUACGAAAUAACAAAAUCCAGUCGCUGGCAAGCACUUCUUUCAAAAGCUUUCGAAAAUUCAAAGAGCUUGACCUCAGCUACAAUCAGAUAUCAAGUGUACAUCCGGGAGUGUUCGAAGACAUAAGCCAAAUAAAAACUCUAGACCUGAGCUAUAAUUCGAUCGCUUUCAUA